ACCAAGUGUUUGUACAUCGGCGGCAUCCUCGACGACGGAGGCAUCGUCAACACGAUGAUGAGGAGCAAGAAGUACACGAGGUGAUUUACUGAUUUACCAUUUUCGAACUAAUUUACUCAACUUUAUAUUGGAUCUGGAGAGUUUUCUUAGAACUUCAGUCUAAACUGUUCUGCCCAGCCCCUUGCACCCCCACAUUAUCCAUCUCUGCCUUUCUCUGCCCUAUGGAAAUUGGAAAUUGUCAUCUCUUUCGAGAUGUUCAACCAAGGGAAAACUUGCAGGGUUUGUAGAGUUAAACUACAAGCACCCAGCUGUCAACUGCAUAUUGUAGGAAUCAGAAUCUGAUCACAGAGAUGAAAGACACAAGCACUGACAUGUGUACCGUUAACAGAGUUCAAUAUAAUCGUGGAAAUGUGGUGUGACAUUAUAUCAGACCAACCCACGUUUUGGUCGGACAUGAUCAGACACUAAUUAUUUAUAUAACUCAGGAGAGACACUUAUAUAUAGGCUGCCAGCAAAUUAUGAAUUUAUGUUUGUUUGGCACAAACAUUGCUUUGUUUUCUUUUGGCAACAAUUGUUUGGAUACAAAGAAAAAAGUGUUUCUCGGGUGAGGAAGCAUUUGUUUGGAAACGUAUAAGACCGAAAUAAUUUUUUCGAAUCCAAAUUAAAUCAUUUGACUAACAUAAAAUUUCUUGUCCUCGAAGCAAUUAUUAUAAUAGAAGGGAGUUGGUUUAAUAAUUAAUUGAUGAAAUGGCGAGUAGUUGUGUCUUGUUAUAUUAUUAUUAUUCAUUUAUGGAUCGAGAAAAAUUCGGAAUCUGCGAUUGUCUAGGAAUCGGAAUCUUCUUUUGCAUGUCGAACCGAUUACAGAUUUAAUUAAAAAGGUUUGCACGAACAGUCAGUAGACGGCCAUAUCAGUGUUUCGCUCGGACAAUGGCUGGUGGCUGGCCGUUAUACUGUAUUACAUACUGGUCUGUAGACACCUGGACUUAUUACAAAUGUCCAUCUUUAAAAUUAAAUUGUUGAUCAUUUUAUGUUUCAGAAUGGUGUGGGAAGUAUAAUGCAUCUUAUUCCAAUCUUAAUAUUUCUUGGAUUAUCGUUACUGACAUCACUAUUGGUGCAGGAUCCACCAUACAGUUUCAGUACUUCCGGGUAAGAUCUCGCCUCUUGUUCACAAAUUAAAAUUCCAGGGGGCUUGACCUCCUGAAACUUUUUAAAUCUAGAGUCUUUCAAAUGACCAAGCUUUCGUUGGUAGGGAUGCAACUACCUGAAAAUAUGUAAGGAGAAUUUCGACGUUUCGAGCGAAGCCCCUACGUCUGGCCCUUAUAUAUUUUCAUAUUAAUCUCUCAAAUGGCAUUUCCUUGGCAUGACUUGCCCAGUGAGUACCAUAUGUAUCUGGAGCGCGAACUCGAGACAAUACACCAGUAUAGAAUUUUUUCCAUUCACAUGGGUUUUGAAAUGUUUUCCUGUGAUGGUCGCACACUGAACCAAGAGUCCAAGACUAAAGCUUGGUGCAUGAGAACUUGCCCUUACCUGAUCUGGCUGGAUGCUUCUUUGCUCCAAGGAAUACAUUUCAAAUCCAGUUACUAGUAUCUGUAAUAUUUCUACUGUGAAUAAAUCAAGAGAUUUUUUGAAUAAAAGUUUGAGUGACUGUUUUGUUUUUCUAGACCCUAUCGUCUACACAGAGUUACGCCUAAAUAUAAAGUUUCAUAUUUUGUACAGGUAAUGUUUAUUUCAAUGUUUUUGAUAUUUAUUUGCAUUUUUUGCACCUGUUUGAUAUUGGUUGGCCUGAUUGUUUAGUUAUGACAAUAAAAUGAAAUAAAUCACAUUUCUAAAGAUAAAGAAGUUCUGAAUUAUGUAAAAUUACCAUGCAUGUUUACGCAUUUAACUAUUGACGCAUAAGACUCUCUUUGACAAGUAAAUUCCUCUGGCGUUAGACAGAGUAAAAUAAUAAAGUCGGUGCAUUUGGGUGCAUUGUGGUUUUGGGAUCAUUUUUAAAGAGCACUCACAUGCCCUUAAUGCCACAUUCGAAACACUACUGUGAAAAUUUAAAAACCACUGCACCUCUUAAUUCAACAAGCAAACGUGCUAAACACUCAACUGUAUUUUAUCUACUGUACUGUAUUUUAUAUUAUUUAAUGAUGUUUCUAAACAAAAAUGCUUUUUAUUACUUUCAUUGUAGAGAGAUUUUAGCGAAAAUUAUAGCGGGAAAUCAUUAGCAAGAUUAGAAAAUCAAAUUGAACGAGAGUAUAUUGGGAGAUUGAGGUCUGCUUGUUACAGAGAACAGCAAAUACGUAAGUAAAAUCGUAUGUUUUUAAAGUAGAUGUGUACAUCGUUCUUACAUGAUGUCACAAAAUUAUAAAUUGAAUUAGAAUUGCCAAUUUUGAGCAAAGUUUUGAUUUUCGACAAUUUUUAGAAAGUGUGAAAGUGUUGUUUUUUUCUCGUAAAUUAUUUUUUAGGGGGGGAUGAAAAACAUCCUCAGGGGAGACUGAGAGGUGUGCACCUCCCUUGCACCUUCUCUCAAAAAUCGUCCAUGUUCGACGAUAACAAACAUCACGUCUCUUUUUACCAGGUGAUGAUAUGUUCGCGAGAGCGCGAUUUUGGAAUGAUCAGAAUCUAUUUAACCGAGCGAACAAUAUGAGAACAGAAUCUUGUGACGAACUUGAAAGAUUGCGCAAUAGGUGAAAGAAUAGGCAGUGAGUAUAAUGAAUAUCUUAAAUUAUUCUCAAAUAUAUAUUGCGUAUAUAUGCAGGUUUAUAUACGCACCAUCACUCGGUCGUUGCCACGAAAAGACACAGUUGGAUAUGUAUAUAAAGGUGAAUCACUGAUCUUAAAAAAAUACACUGGAUAGUGCUUCCCAUUUUUACAACAGUACAACUAAUCCAAAUAUGAUUUUUGGCAUUCAUAUCAAGAAAUUCAUCUCAUUCGAUGAACUGCAAAUUAGUUUGCUUUUUUCUUCUGCUACAAUUAACCUUAUAACAUUAUAUCCGGCAAGUUUUUUGUGAAAAAGUUAAUGAAAGUGAGGUUUUCCACGGUUGAGAAAUCAUAUUUGGGCUUACUGGCACUUUAUAGAAUAAAAUGUAAAGUAAUCGACCAUGAACUAUUUAUAUUUACAAUGUUCACAUUAAUACAUGUGCUUCAGAAAUUAAUAGAUUUUAAUAAAAAUGCUGGAAAAGUGAAGAGAUUUAAAUUUUGUCGCCAAAACAUUUAAGAACGUACAGUAACCUUAACUUUUCGCGCCUGGUAUUAUCCACUUUUUAAAUUUUUGAAACAGUCGCCAAAUAUUGCAAGUAAAAGGUUUAGCUUAUACAGUAUAUUUUGCCGAAUAAACGGCUAGCCUUCACCUUAAUUUCUACCAAUGUUGAUUGAUUUUGAAAAAGUUGCCAAAUUGACCAAAGAGUGAACACCAACUAACCCCUUUACUUCUUGUCGAAAAAAUGUAAAGGCC